ACAUUCGUCGCAGCAAUGGUUCGCUCCGCCAAGAACUUCCCCAUCAGCGAGCCCCAGUAUCACGAAAUUCGCAACGACAGAUCUGAAUCCUACACCGAGUGUCUCGAGAAGAUCAUGAGCAAAAUAAAUCCCCAGCUCGUCAUGUGCAUUCUCACGAAGAAUCGCGCUGACACUUAUUCAGCGAUUAAGAAGAAGCUCUGCAUUGAUCGACCAGUGCCGAGCCAAGUGGUGACUGCUCGUUGCUUGAAUGCCAAAGGAAUAAUGUCCAUUGCAACGAAAGUUGCCAUCCAGAUGAACUGCAAAAUUGGAGGCAUACCCUGGACUAUUCACGUUCCCGUCAGUGGUCUCAUGGUGGUUGGAUACGACGUGUGUCAUGAUACCAACAAGCGAGGAACAGACUUCGGAGCAAUGGUGGCCUCCCUGGACAAGAAGCUGAGUCGUUACUUCUCGACAGUCUCAGCGCACACGUCUGGCGAGGAGCUCUCCAAUCACCUCUCAGCGAACAUGGUGAAGGCCCUCAAGAAGUACGAGGAGGUGAACAAAGCCCUGCCCUCGAGGAUAGUCGUAUACAGGGACGGUGUUGGCGAGGGACAGAUACCAUUCGUGGUGGACCACGAGGUGAUGAACGUGAAGAGAGCCAUUGAGAAGGUGUACAACACCCCGGUUCAACUCGGCUAUAUUCUCGUCAACAAUGGCACGAACACGAGAUUCUUCAAGGGCACAAAAAACCCAGUGCCUGGCACAGUUGUCGAUGAUGUCAUCACCAAUCCCAUGAAGUACGACUUCUUCCUGGUGUCUCAGGGGGUCAAACAAGGCACCGUGGCACCAACGUCGUACAGUGUCAUCUAUGACAGUCUGUCCCUCGAUCCGGACAAGAUACAGAUUCUGACGUACAAGAUGACACACAUCUAUUACAACUGCAGCACUACCAUGAGGGCACCAGCACCGGUGCAAUUCGCCCACAAACUCGCUUUCCUGGUGUCGCAGUCCAUCCACACUGCUCCAACCAAUCAGCAUCUGGAGAGUCUUCUCUACUUCCUGUAGGAGGUACUCGACUCUAUAGUUUCCUUUUUACUACUUGCGUCAGGAAUUUUAUUAGGGAAUCAAUGGGAGUAGAUUAUGGGGUGAGGACAGUAAUUCAGUGUAAUUUAAAUCAUAAAUUAGCUAUUUUAUUUUGGAGGAAAUCAUGUUGAGAUAAAUUUUUUUUCUUCCGGAGAAAAAACAAUCAGUGCGUUGAUGUCUAAGUGGGACUUGAUGACAUGAAUCACCACUUUUCUUUUUAAGAAAUGGGAAAACUUGAUGAAAAUUCCUCAUUCUUACCAUUAUUUAUUAUUAAUUAAAUAAUUAUUGUGAAAUUGAGGGAUCAGAGGGGAGAAGUGGAAAAGAUUUAUUUUUAAUUAUGGCUUUUUAAUUUAUAAUUAUUGUGAAAUUGAGAAAUCAGAGGGAAAAAUGG